AUGGGUCAAUGGUAUCAUGAAACAGUCCUUGAAGCGUGGGAGAUUCUAGUCUUGAACAAGUCGGAGGCAGAUCGGGCGUCGAGUAUACAAUCGUUUGUAAAGGAUGUGGCCAUACUCUUUCUCCUGCACACAGUGCUCGCCUAUCCUUUUCUGCCAUUCCACGCGCGCUUCUCGAACGCCUUUCGUCGUCCUUUCAUCCCAGCUCGAAAGUCGUCAAAGGGCAGCGGUGCUACAAGACGUCCACCUAUUCAAGCCCGUCGAAUAUCGCCAGGCUUUUUCGAUGGCUCUUCUGCAGCACGAGGUACCCAUACUCUUUCUCCUGCACACAGUGCUUGCCUAUCACCUCCCAUUCCACGCGCGCUUCUCGAACGCCUUUCGUCGUUCUUUCACCACUCUCACUUCAAUGCCAAUGGAGCACCCAAACUCCAUCAAUGCCCAAGCCGCUCUAUCUUUUCUCGCGGUCAUUGUAUUGUCGAAGUUGCUACAGUACAGGACAGAAAGGCAUUGUAUGUUGCUCCGCGGCCGCAGCAGCAAAGCCAGUCGCAUGUCCAGGCCCUGUCGCAAUCUCAGCCUACUGCCACCGCCUCCUCCAUGUCCACCACACCUGUCCAAGGUACUUGCGCUGCUGCACAGUCACCACCCAUCCCAUUGUUGACUUGUUUUGUGUUGUUUAUCUGCUGCGCAUCUCCCUCAUCAAUAUAA